GUGAUUCGUGUACUCGUGACAAUGAUGUGUAUAAUUUUUUUUCUGUUUUCAUUUAUCUACAAUAUUAAUUGCGGAGCACACAGUUGUGAACCUCCAGGACAGGGACCCGAGACUGUGAAACUUCAAGUGUUCUACGAAUGCCUGUGUCCGGGUUGUAUCCACGAAUACACAACUCAACUGUCUCCUACCAUUCAAAAGUUACAUGACUACUUGGAUCUGGAAACCUAUCCCUUUGGUAAUGGACAAAUGGAUGACGUAUCCGGAACGAUUACUUUCCACUGCCAGCAUGGUCCUGACGAAUGUUAUGGAAAUGCUUUACACGCAUGCGCCAUUGAUAUUCUAAAAAGCCCGAUCGAUUACGUCAAUUUCAACUCUUGCUUGAUGAAUGGUGGCUCUACAGACAACGCAGCUGAUGAGUGCGGGAAAUCCCGUUCCGUUAAUCCGACACCAAUCAAGACUUGCGCCAAGAGCGACAAGGCUGUUCAGCUGCUAAAAGUGUACGCGGAGGAAACUUUGAAACGGCAUCUUAAAUACAUGCCUUACGUCCUCAUCAACGGUCAGGAAUGUGACUACAACAAACCACUUAUGGCACAAGUGUGUAGCGCCUUUAAGAACCCACCAAAAGAAUGUGAUGAAGUAUUAAAAUUGUAAAUUAAUAGGCAGCCACAAGAACGUACAGUACCGACGCCGACGCAUGAUAGAUAACACGUUUUUAUAUUACAU